AUGGAGGACGAUCAGAUGCCGGGCGAUGACAUUCACAUAGAGCCGGUUCAGCAGGGUCCACGACGGAGACAGCGACCGCCUGUGGAUACGUUGCAGGGGCAUCCCUAUCUAGAGUUUCCCGACGGCACUGACGCCGCCCGUCAUUGCCAGAAGCUUAGGAGGAUGCACGUUGGAUCGCAUGCAUCGAUCGACUGGGAUGCGAUGGAGGAGAUUGCUGAGACGCCGAGAGUGCGUCGGUUUAUACCUAUCGAUUCCCCGUGGCAUCGUCUUUUUGAUUUGGCGCACACGCCGACCUACAGGGAGCUGCUGGUCGAGUUCAUUUCGUCAUUCACAUUUCACCCUCCUGGGGAGCCAGUGCCGAUUCCGUACCCAGGUGCUCCCCCUCCGCCUGAGGUUUCUUUCAGGCUUGCUGGCGUUCAGCGUUCGAUGACGCUAGCAGAGUUUGCGGUGCGCUGUGGUUUAUACAUGCAGGAGGAGAUCGAGACUGAGAUCUACACAGCGGGGCUAGUGGUGGUUGAAAAACCCACUCUUGUUGGGUUUUGGCAGGUGAUUGCGGGGGCGGAUCAUUGGGAGCAUGACAAGUCGAAGGGGAGGGUGUCGUUUGUUAGCGACCCACUAUACAGGUAUGUACGUUUAUUAUUGCAAUUAUUGUGAUUAUAUGCACUGUUUAUUAAUCUCUGUUUUUGUA